AUGCUGGUCCUGGGACUCGGAGGUGGAGUGAUACCAACAUAUUUGGAAACCUUCUGUCCUGGCACAAAGGUUUUAUCCGUUGACAACAACCCAGACGUUGUCAAAGCAGCGCAGGAUUUCUUUGCAUAUCGUGGUGAAACCGUGGUGCAAGACUUGCACCACGCACUGGAUGACCUUUCAAGGUCAAGGCCAGAGUCUUUUGAUGCUAUUGUCACAGAUGUUGGCCACAACAUCAAAUUGGACCGCAAGGACAUGCACUACGUGACGAAAUUGCUGAAGCCAGAUGGGUUGCUUGUGGAGAACUUGAGUACUCCAAGCUAUGCAGCUGAUCAACUCCUGAUGUACAAGGAGUUCCUGGGCCAGGUGUCUGAAGAAGUCAGUGCCGGCAAUCAUAUUCUUUUCGGAAGCAAUGAAGCAGCACGGACUUUGGAGCAAUGA